AUGGGUGUGAAACAAGACGAUGGCAGUAUUAUGCCUACAUCUGAACAGGAGAAGAUCUCUGAUGAGUUAGAUAUCAGAGUGAAGAAGUUUCUUAGAGGCGAAAAAACUAAUUUGGAGGGCUUGCAAGAUAAAAAAUUGAAGGGUCAACUUGCUGUUAGAGAAGAAUUGUUUGGAAAAUCUGCACAAGCUGCUGCCAAGGCUGAGAAGUGGCUUCUGCCAAGUGAGGGAGGCUAUUUGGAGGCUGAAGGCAUAGAGAAAACAUGGAGGAUCAAACAAGAAUCAAUUGCUCGUGAAGUAGAUAUCUUAAGCGCAAGGAGUCAAUAUGAUAUUGUCUUACCAGAUCUCGGUCCUUACACACUGGAUUUCACCUCAAGUGGUCGGUAUAUGGCAGCUGGUGGACGCAAGGGCCAUCUGGCUAUUUUAGACAUGAAGAAUAUGAGCCUGGUUAAAGAAAUUCAGGUUAGAGAAACAGUGCGUGAUGUGGUGUUCUUGCACAAUGAGUUGUUCUUUGCUGCUGCCCAGAAAAAGUAUCCAUAUAUUUAUAACAGGGAUGGCACUGAACUUCAUUGCUUAAAGGAUGUAACAAUGGGCGGGAUGGUAGCUAAUUACAGGACUGGCUUAGGCCGUACUGAUGUGAUGCAGGUGAACCCCUACAAUGGGGUUGUUGCUUUGGGUCAUUCACUUGGUACAGUUUCCAUGUGGAAGCCCACAAGCUCUACUGCUCUUCUCAAGAGGCUGUGUCACAAGGGGCCCAUCACGGCAAUGGCAUUCCACCCAAAUGGCCAUCUCAUGGCUACAGCUGGGAAAGAGAAGAAAAUUAUGCUUUGGGAUUUGAGGAACCUUAAGGAUGAGCCACUCCAGACUUUGCCGGGGAAUGCAGAUACUCUUGAUUUCAGUCAGAAAGGUUACCAAGUAGAAAAAGUGUUGUUUCGACCUUAUGAAGAUGUUCUCGGCAUUGGGCACUCCAUGGGGUGGUCUAGUAUUCUGAUUCCUGGUUCUGGGGAACCCAACUUUGAUUCUUGGGUGGCUAAUCCAUUUGAAACAUCUAAACAGAGAAGAGAGAAGGAAGUGCACUCUCUACUUGAUAAGCUCCCGCCUGAGACAAUCAUGUUGAAUCCCACAAAGAUUGGCACAGUAAAGCCUCAGAGGAGGAAAGAGAAGAAAACAAAGGAGGAGAAAGAGGCCGACAUGGAAGCCGCUGUGGAAGCGGUCAAGGGCAUUGAACCAAAGAAGAAAACAAAAGGAAGGAAUAAGCCAAGUAAGAGGACAAAGAAGAAGCAGGAGAUAGUUGCGAAUGCCAAGAGGCCUUUCUUGGAGCAACAAAAGAAAGAGGAAGAACAAGUGGCUAGGAAGAAGCAGAAAGUAAUUGAGCAAGUGGAGCUACCAACAUCUUUGCAGCGGUUUUCUCGCAAGAAAUCAGCUACAUAG